AUGACUUUCCGUUCAUGGGAUCUGUACGNGUACCCGCUAUUGCCUGCCACAAUGAAACAUUCCUGGGCUGUCAAGACUACGCCUCAGCUAGAAAAACCGCGAUAUGUUAUCUUUGCUAUGCAAACUGGUAAAAAAAAUGUCAUGAAAGCAAAUAAAGCUUUCUUUGAUCAUUGCAAACUAACCAAUAUAAAACUAUAUUUAAACUCUGAAUUUUAUCCAUAUGAUGAUCUGAACGUAGACUUUGAGAAAAAUAAAGUCGCCAUCUUGUAUGAUAUAUUUACACGUUUCCGUAAAUCUUAUUAUCAACUGCAUCACAAAAACAGUGAAACGCUAUUCAAUCUGAGUGAGUUUAAAAAUGGUUAUACUGUAAUAGUCAUUGACUGUUCGCGACAAAACGACACCAUCAAGAGCGGUCCUGUGGAUGUGCGAUUAGAAUUUGAACUGAAAGAGAAUGCGCCCGCGAAUACUUGCGCGUAUUGUCUCAUCAUACACGAUCGCGUGGUUGAAUAUAGCCCAUUGUCCAACGUAGUGCGCAAGAUUGUAUAA